CCAUAAUCAAGCUUGAGCCAUCUCCCCACCCUGAUAACAUCUAGGCUCAAUUUCAAUACCAGGCCCAGCCUGCCCCCCCACCCCACCCCUUCACUACUGCUACAGCCAUGGGCAUGGAUACGGAGGAGGAGCAGGAACCCGGAGCCCCCCAAGACUCCGAGUGGCCAGAACUAGAGAAGGCUGAAAGGUUGGCCAGAGGGGCAGCCCUGAAGUGGGCCUCAGGCGUUUUCUACAGCCCCAAGCAGCUGACCAGGCUGGACCAGUACCGGAGCCGGGAAGCCCAGAGAAUGUGCUCCAUCGAGUCCAGAAUCAAGUCUACUGUGCAGUCAUACCUGGAGAGUGUGCAGACAGGCCUUGAACAGCUAGGCCUGGCACUGAAGGAGGUCCAGGAGGCUCGGGAGGCUCUGGCUGAGGCCCAGGGGGCACUCCGGAGCCAAGCUGAGGCUGCCCACACCCUCGAGUCUCUCCGAGAGCUGGCUGAUCAGCAUGGACAGCUGCAGGCAGUGACACUCCUGCUGCCCCAACUCUUGGCAGUGCCUGAGGCGGUGGCCCGAACCCAGGCCCUGAUCAAGGGCAAUCGAUUCCUGGAGGCCUAUGAGGUCCUACGGCAGCUGGAGCAGUUACGGGAUGAGGUGCUGGACCCGCUUGGGGGACCUGAGCUGUCUCUUUUUGAGGGCUUGACACCUCUGGGGGAGGAACUGGGCCUGGCUGUGGGGAAGGCAGUAGGUUCCGCUAGGCAGCUGGCACGAGAUAAUCCGGCCCUGCUAGUAGCAGCAGUGAGAGUGGCCGAAUUUGAGGAGGAGAGGGAUACUCAGCUCCAUUCACCGACCCCUGGGCGACCUAGAGCCUGGCGCCAGCGAUGCCUCAGGGCCCUGCAGAGGGCCCUAGAAGAGACCUACUUUGAGGCACCAGCCCCUGCCCCCCCAGGCCUGGCGGGACACCUGGCAGCUCUUCGAGAAGCUCUGCCUGCUGAACUGGCCCUGGCGGAGGCCCUGGUGGCGCCUUGCUGCCCUGGACAGUAUGGCGUGGUAAAGCUGUGGGCUCAUACCUUGCACCAGGGCCUCUGCCAGCAGCUGCAGAGGCUUCUGGACUCUGAGGACCUGGGCACCCAGGACAUCUUCACACUGUUGCACUGGACUCUGCACGUCUACCCAGGCCCUGAGAUGAUGGGUCAUCCUGACCUCAGUCCUGAGGCUGACAUCUCUGAGCUAGAACCUCUGCUGUCCCCAGAGGCCGUGGAGCAGCUAGAGAGAACAUACACGGAAAAACUCAAGGUAAGCAUAGCUGAGUGGCUGCAGAAGGCCCUGGAUGGAGAGGUGGCUGAAUGGUUCAGAGAAAAGGAGCCUGACGUUGACCUGGAAGGCUUCUAUCAUUCUUCCCUGCCUGCUGUUGUUCUGCAGAUCCUAGCUGAGAAUAUCCGGGUGACUGCUGUGAUCAGCUCUUCUUUGCAGGAGAAAAUCCACGGCAUGGCCCUGAGGGAGCUGGGCACUUUCCUGAGGAGUCUCAUCGAGGCACUGGAACGUUUCUCCCAAGAGCACCUGAGGGAUUCGACCAGGCCCCGUCACUACGUGCCCUACCUGCUGGCCUGUCUCAAUCACUACACUGCUCUAAGUUCUUCAGUCUCGCUCUUGCAGCCCACUGGGGUGGCCGCCACCACAGGGGCUUCAGCCAUCAUCGAUGCAGCUCUUGGAGACUUGAAGAAAAAGAUUUGCAGACUGAUUUUGGAUGCCCUCCUGGAGGAGUUAAAGCCCCUGUUCGUGGCCCUGCCCUCUCGCCAGUGGCUGUCCAACUUAGUGAUGCUGGACAAUGUGUGUGAGCAGACAGCCAGCUUCUGCUCCCGAUUCUCCAGAGUCCGGAGUCCAAUGGCUCAGAUGCUGCUAGCUGAAAGCGAGCGCGCGGUAGUGCUGGAGUAUCUUCGGGGCUUGAUGGAAGGAAAGCUCGUGUGCCGGAACUCGAUGGAGAGGAUGCAGGCGUCGGAGCGAAUGUUGCAGGACUCAGCCCAGCUCAGGGAGCUCUUCCUUAGCUUGGAGCUAGAGGAGAGUGCGCAGACCGGGGCAGUCCUGGGGGCCCUGCAGGAGCUGUUCCGCCUCCAGGACCCAGCGCUGCUCAGCCUCGAGGUGUCCGCCUUCUUACAGAAAUUCCCCGACGUGAGCGAGGAGCAUAUCGGGGCGCUCCUGGAUGUGCGCGGAGACGUGUCCCGGAAGCAGCGCCAGGUCGUCUUGGAGACCAUGCAAGCCAACCCUCCUCCAUCGCCGCCUCCCGACGGCCACCGCCUGCUCUUCAGCCUAGUGCCCGUGCCCGCGCCUCCGCUGGCCUUCUGCUUCCCCGCAGGGUCCUGCUCCUGAGAGGGCAGCAGAGACGGAUCUCGCUCAAUAAACGCCCAGAGCCGC